UAUUAGCACUUGCAACACAUCUACACGGAAAGAAUAUAGACAAAGGAUUUAUCAGAAUCGAUAUGAGCGAGUUCCAGCAUAAGCAUGAUGUGUCGCGGUUCAUUGGGUCCCCGCCUGGAUAUGUGGGGUUUGAAGAGGGCGGACAGUUGACUGAGAAACUUAAAGACUGUCCGAACGCCACUGUACUUUUGGAUGAAGUUAAAAAGGCGCGUCCUAAUGUGUUAACAAUCAUGCUUCAAUUGUUUGACGAAGGCCGUAUUACUGACGGGAAAGGCGCCACCGUGGAAUGCAAAGACGCUAUAUUUGUCAUGACAUCCAAUUUGGCGCAACAUCAAACUGCUGACGAAGCAGAAUUGUUACGUCUUGAAGCAACGACCGAUCACGACUCCCAAAGUACAGGAAUAAACACUGAAGAUGCCAAACAAGCUCGCGUGGCAGCCGAUGAAGUGAAAUCCGAUUCAAAAGAUGGUGACAUCACAUUAUCAAGACGAUUUAUUGACCGGGUUAUUUAUCCCAUUCUAUAUGAUUAUUUUGGAAGAGACGAGUUUCUGGGACGCAUUAAUGAAGUUCUAUUCUUCUUGCCGUUCGAUCAAAAGGAAUUGAAAAUCCAGAGAAUUGAUGCGAUGGGCGAAAAAGGCCAAAAAACGACACAAUAUCACAUUGACAUGGAGCCUUGAAGCGGUAUCUGGCAGAGUAAAAACU